AUGCGGGUCUCAUCCAUCUCCAGAUCGGCUGCAUUAUGGUCGUGGUCAAGUGUGCCCUUCAACCAGCAGCCGGCGGUAGAACUGGGACCCUCUGCUACCGCCGGCACUUUACACGCCACCGGCAGUUUCUCUCCAGCUGUGGACUCUGAGGAGGAGGCCGUGUUCCGUAAGCUAGACGAGCUGCUCACCGCAGUAGACACAGAGGCGCGUGCCUCGUGUCUGCACCUGUACGGAGCCGGCGGUCGGUGCUUCCACUGUGCACGUUCGCGUCAGAACGACUCGGAUAGAUCGGUUGUGUACGCUCUGGACGGCCGGAAGCCUGUGUGUUUGAACCUGCUGCCAGCGAACUGUUCUGUCCUUUCCUUCGGCGUCAACCAUGAUUUCUCCUUCGAAGAGACCAUGGAGGACCUGGGCUGCAUGGUCCACGCAUUCGACCCCACCAUGGGAGUGAGCAGCUUCCGCAAGUCGAGAAACAUCCACUUCCACAGCUUGGGGAUCGGGUCCAGCGACGCGGAGCUGGGCGGCUUUCCGGUGGCCAGUCUGGGCACCAUAGUGCGCAGGGCUCGAGUGCGACCGGGGACCAUCCACUACCUGAAGCUGGACGUGGAGACGAGCGAGUGGGAGGCUCUACACCAACAGCUGACCACUGGCGGCGACCUUCUCCGCGUCCAGCAGCUAAACGUCGAGUUCCACCUGCUCCAGUGGUCCCCCACCAUCGCCGAGGGGGAGGGCAUGAAGGUGCCGAGGAGGAACGAGGUCUCACGCGAGAACGCUGUGCGGUUUAUCGCCGUCGUGGAGGCGCUUCAAGCAGCUGGCUUCGGACUGGUGUCAUCAGACCCAAACCUAGUGUGUCAGGACUUUGAAGAUGGAUGUCUUUCUUUUCUAUAUGACACCCAUUGGGUGAACAAGAAAAUCAGCGCUAACCGCUCAUGA